UUGAGUUCCUUUGUGGAAGUGACGUCAGGCUGUCAACAUGUAAGAUGGCGGCUCAUCACAGGCAGAAUGCUGCUGGGCGGAGAAAAGUACAGGUGUCGUACGUCAUAAGAGACGAGGUCGAGAAGUACAAUCGCAAUGGGGUGAACGCACUACAGCUGGACCCAGCCUUGAACCGGCUCUUCACUGCUGGAAGGGACUCCAUCAUCAGGAUAUGGAGCGUCAACCAACACAAGCAAGACCCAUACAUAGCGUCAAUGGAGCAUCAUACAGAUUGGGUCAAUGACAUCGUCCUGUGUUGCAACGGGAAGACAUUGAUAUCUGCCUCGUCAGACACCACUGUGAAAGUUUGGAAUGCACAUAAGGGAUUCUGCAUGUCAACGUUGCGAACGCACAAGGACUAUGUCAAAGCCUUAGCGUAUGCUAAAGACAAGGAGCUGGUGGCCUCUGCCGGUCUUGACCGACAAAUCUUUCUGUGGGAUGUAAAUACACUAACAGCACUGACGGCCUCAAACAACACUGUCACCACCUCCUCACUGAGUGGCAACAAGGACUCCAUAUACAGCCUGGCCAUGAAUCAGAUGGGGACGGUCAUUGUGUCCGGCUCCACCGAAAAGGUGCUGAGAGUGUGGGACCCUAGAACCUGUGCAAAACUCAUGAAGCUGAAAGGACACACGGACAACGUUAAGUCGCUAUUGCUAAACAGAGACGGCACACAGUGUCUUUCCGGCAGCUCGGACGGGACGAUCCGCCUCUGGUCGCUGGGUCAGCAGCGGUGCAUCGCCACCUACAGGGUGCACGACGAGGGGGUGUGGGCGCUGCAGGUGAACGAGGCCUUCACGCACGUCUACUCCGGGGGCCGCGACCGCAAGAUCUACUGCACCGACCUGCGCAACCCCGACAUCCGCGUGCUCAUCUGCGAGGAGAAGGCCCCCGUUCUCAAGAUGGAACUGGACAGGUCCGCCGACCCCCCUCCGGCCAUCUGGGUCUCCACCACCAAGUCCUCCGUGAACAAAUGGUCUCUAAAGGGCAUCCACAAUUUCCGAACAUCUGGCGACUACGACAACGACUGCAGCACCCCCCUGACUCCUCUGUGCACGCAACCCGAACAAGUCAUCAAGGGUGGAGCCAGCAUAAUUCAGUGCCACAUUCUGAAUGACAAGAGACACAUACUUACCAAAGACACAAACAACAACGUGGCAUACUGGGAUGUUCUAAAGGCAUGCAAGGUGGAAGAUUUGGGGAAGGUGGAGUUUGACGAAGAAAUUAAGAAGCGGUUCAAGAUGGUCUACGUGCCAAACUGGUUCUCCGUUGAUCUUAAAACAGGGAUGCUGACAAUCACUUUGGAUGAGAGUGACUGUUUUGCAGCAUGGGUCUCUGCCAAGGAUGCUGGUUUCACCAGUCCAGAUGGAUCUGACCCCAAAUUGAAUCUGGGGGGGCUGCUGCUCCAGGCUCUUCUGGAGUACUGGCCCAGGACGCACAUCAACCCCAUGGAUGAAGAAGAGAAUGAGAUUAACCACGUUAACGGUGAGCAGGAGAACAGGAUACAGAAAGGAAACGGUUAUUUCCAGGUGCCACCACAUACUCCGGUCAUCUUUGGAGAAGCAGGAGGGAGGACUCUUUUUAGGUUGUUGUGUCGGGACUCAGGCGGAGAGACGGAGUCCAUGUUGCUGAACGAGACCGUCCCGCAGUGGGUGAUCGACAUCACUGUGGAUAAAAACAUGCCUAAAUUUAACAAAAUCCCAUUCUACCUCCAGCCCCACUCCUCUUCAGGGGCAAAAACAUUAAAGAAGGAUCGUCUCUCGGCUAGCGACAUGCUGCAAGUUCGGAAAGUGAUGGAGCACGUCUAUGAGAAGAUCAUCAACCUGGACAACGAGUCGCAGACCACCAGCUCCUCUAACAACGAGAAGCCGGGAGAGCAGGAAAAGGAGGAGGACAUGGCCGUGCUGGCCGAGGAAAAAAUUGAGCUGCUGUGCCAGGAUCAGGUUUUGGAUCCCAACAUGGACCUGAGAACAGUUAAACAUUUUAUCUGGAAGAGCGGCGGGGAUCUGACUCUUCACUACCGGCAGAAGUCGACGUGAGCCAAAGGGGCAAGAGUCUCGCCACCUUGCAAGUCGCCUCCCCCCCAAACCCCCCCCCCCCCCCUCGCCGCCAGCCUGGACUUCCCACUCAUCGUACUGGUUCCAUGAGUAGUACUCUAGAAGCCACACUCAACCCUGGGUUAGGUGUUACUCUGAUCGACCAGGCCCACAACACAUUUUUACUCCACAGAAGUCCGUUCCUUCUGUAACAUGCAAGUGUUAUAGAAAAACCGCUGCUCUCCAAAACAGCUACUUUGCAAAACGAGAAGAGAACACGUGGGUAUGUGGGAUUUAUAGUGCCGUAUGUACAGUGGAUGAGUUUAGACAAAAGUAAUAUCCAGGGAUUUUUAGUUUUUAUGAUUUAUGUUUUUUUUUUCUUUUCUUGCUUCCCAAGUUGUUUUUGUAUUUAAGAUUAUUAUUAUUUUUUUCAUUGUUUUGAGGGGGCAUGUCCAUUUUGAAGGACGCCUUGUUGGUUGUAUGUCCAUUUUCAUUGAUGCGAGAGGCAAACCGCACGCUUUCCUGGUUUUGUUUAUCUGCGUACAUUCCAGACACGUACCCAUUCCCAAUGAUGAAUCACUGUCAAUUCUGUCUUUGUGUAAGGGUUAUAUUAAUGACCCAGACAUUCAGGCAACAGUACAGAACAAUCAAGUGUUUCACUGAAUGUAGAGGAGUGAUGGGUAAUCAGCUGGCUUGUGUUGCAUCAUUGGCUGCCGGUUUCAUAGAUUGAGGACAGAUUGUGAAGGUUGGAUGGGGUUCUCUCAUCACAAACAUCUUCUUGAGCUAAUAUUGAUGUGCAGAGGGUCUCUUUACUGUAAAUAAUCUGUUCUUACUUUUAGGCAAUUUGAAAUGUUGUUUUAUUUUGGGGGGGAAGUUAUUUUCCCGGUAUUACCCAUGACUGCCUGCUGUAAAGCAUCAGCCUAACUGUCGCUACUCAUAGAAACGAGUUCUGUCUGCCAUGAAUGCUUUGUGGACAACAUGGAGCAUCGGCUAAACAGGAGAGCAACAGUCGGCCCAUCUUUAUGCAACACCAACUGCUCUGCAAAUUGAAAUCUAUUGAAUGACAAUGGGAAUUGCACAGUGUUAUAGCAAAUGUAUUAUAUUUCUGGUGGAAAAAAAAAUCAUUUGGGAUUAGUCCAAAAAUAAAAUUUUAAAGGCAACUCAAAAAUCUAGUUGUUGUAUAAGCUGUAAAUGAAGCAAACUAGGGAAUAUGUAAAGCUGCCAUCUCCUCAAGCCCUGUAUUAUGCUCCCUGUGUUGAUUAACUAUAUGUAGUAUAUUUUGGUUUAAUAACUGCUAAAUAAAUUGACCAAUAUAAAAAGUGUGAACAAACAAUUAUUUUAGUUCUCAGUGGUGCUAAUCCUGCUUAUAUUGUACAGAUUCUGAAGGAAGUGGGCUGUUCUGAGGUAUUGCUUAGAAGGGGAAAUUUACGAUUUCAUGAUUUUAUUCCCUAGAAAAUCCAAGCUCUAACAAAGAUGAUUUUCUGUACUUGAGCUUCAUCAGUCCUAAAGUGGUUUUGAGUGAUUGGUCACCAAGGACCUCAAAUCUGGGAAAUAGUAUGCCGACUUCAAAUGAGAUAUGCUUUUAAAAAGCUUUUAUAAAACCCUAAAUUCAGGGAAUAUAUAGACUUGAUAUAGGACUUUUACUAUAUCAUGAAUAAGAAAAUAUUUGUCAGAAUUAUGUGUUUAUGUGGAAGCCCCCUAAGAAUGUUUGAGUGACUGAGGUCAAGGCCGAAGAAGGACCUAAAAUAGAGUCUCUAAAAUUGUGAAAGUUUUAAAUAGGAAAGUUGGUAUAUUUAAAAAUGGUAAAAAGUAUUUUCAUUUGUAACCCAAGUGAUGCAGUCAAAACCAAAAAGGAGCAUUGUAACUUCAGUGAUUAGCAUUACAUUUCCACUACCAAGUAAAACAGAAAGUGAUUUGAAAUGGCCAAAUUUUUGCAGGAGUCUUCAAAUUUUUCUCACUUUAGCAGUGACUGUGCUUCCAUCUUGCCUAAUGAAAUUUGGGUAAAAUGUACUUUUCUCCCAUGUGAACGACUAAUUAUUUGUAGUUGUCACUCAUUUAUUACAGGUACAUGAUCUAACUUGUUACACUUUUUUUAAUUAAUUCCGCAUUUGUGGAAUGAAGCCCCCAUAUUUGUGUUUAUUGAGAAGUAACUCCCUGAUUCAUGUGGUUCCACUGGUUUUCUAUUACACGGACACAUUCAAACCUGGCCUCUAACGCCUGAUCAAUAAAAAAAAAAUGUUUCACAAAAUCAUAAA